UGAUAAAAUCAGACGGUUUUCUGGAUUUGUCAAAACCUUCCAAUAAUAUUUCUUCUGCCAACAUAAUCAUGGAACUCCCUGAAAUGGUUGAAUUUGCUCGAAAGUUUUCCGCCAUGGUCAGAAUCAACGGCCCUGACCCAAAAGGUCUAAAGAUGAGAAAUCAUGCAUUUCAUCAAUAUCAUUCUGGCAAAACUACCCUUUCAGCUUCAGGGUUACUGUUGCCUCAUAAUCUUGUUAGCAGUGAAAAUCAUGCAAAGGGUGCUGUAAUUGUUACUGUUGCGUCAAUUGUUGAGCCUUUUCUGUCACAAAAUUCCAAAUUGAUCAACACCCAGGGUAAUCCUGAGUUGAUUCCUGGAGCUCGAAUCGAUGUUAUGGUCGAGGUGAAUGUAGGAAUGGAGAAAAAUCAGGAGGCGUUUGCUGAUGAUCAUCCGAAGUGGUUUGGUGCUGAAGUUUUAAGACUGGUGGAUGUCCCUGCUGCUUCAUCUGCAAUCCAAUCACUUAUUGAAGCUUCUUCUGGAUCAUUGGAGCAUAGUUGGGAGAUAGGCUGGUCCUUGGCAGCUCGCAGGGACAGUUCUCAAAAGUUUAAAGGUUCUGUGCAAGCUCAGGAAAAGAGUGACACUUCAUAUUCAAUUGAGGGACUGAGGGAUGUGGAUCUGAUGGCUAAGGUUGCUACUAGAAUUGCUUUUCUUCAAGUACCCUCGUUACUUGAUAAGGAGAGGCCAGAGAUCAAGAUGUCAAAUUCGAAUAAGAGAGGAGAUUUUCUCGUUUCAGUGGGUUCCCCCUUUGGAGCACUGUCUCCGCUGCACUUCUUUAAUAGCAUAUCAGUGGGUUCUGUUUCCAAUUGCUAUCCAUCAACAUCAGUGGAUUGUUCAUUAUUGAUGGCUGAUAUUCGGUGUCUUCCGGGUAUGGAAGGGAGUCCAAUCUUUGGUCAAAAUGGAUGCCUGGUUGGCAUACUUAAUAGACCUUUAAGGCAAGCUGGGGGUGCUGAAAUUCAGGUAAUAAUUCCAUGGAAAGCAAUAGAAGGUGCUUGCAAUGGUUUGUUUCAGUGGGUGUCUGAAAGGGCAGAGCGAAUUCAAUUCGCUGAAGACUUCUGUAGCACAAGGACAUCUACAUUGAAUUGUGUGAAUUGUAGAUCUUCUCUUAAUUUAAUUGAGAAGCAUCCUGCGAGCUUCUCCUCUGUACCAUUGACUGUGGAACAUGCAAUGCCUUCUGUUUGUCUCAUUACCUUGAACAAUGGAGUAUGGGCAUCUGGCGUUCUUCUUAACGAGCAAGGCUUGAUACUCACAAACGCUCACUUAUUGGAGCCAUGGAGAUUUGGCAGAACUCCUAUACAUAGUGGCUUUGAUGAAACCAGAAUUAAAAAUACAUUUUUUCUGUUAGAGGAUUCCAUGCCUCUUAGGCAUGCAGGGGAGAAGAAGAACACAGUUGUCCAGUCAAAUUCUUUGCAUCCUCUCAACUAUCAGCAUAAAAACCAUGGACUUAACCCAAACCACCAAGUUCAUAGUGAGAUAAGUGUCCGCAUUGAUCUUAUGAACUCGUGGCUUUGGUGUAAUGCUAAAGUAGUAUAUAUUUCUAAAGGACCUCUAGACAUCUCCUUGCUUCAGCUUGAAUCUGUUCCAAACCAGCUAAGGCCUAUCCAUGUGGACCUUCCUUGCCCUUCUCCAGGAUCAAAGGCAUUUGUAAUUGGACAUGGAUUGCUAGGGCCUCGAUGUGAUUUGUUACCAACAAUCUCAUCUGGUGUGGUUGCUAAAGUUGUGAAGGCAAAAAAACCUUUGCUAGACCUAUCAGCUUUGCAGGGAAGUCCUGCAGAAGAGAUCCCGGUGAUGCUGGAGACCACAGCCGCAGUGCAUCCUGGUGGUAGUGGGGGUGCCGUGGUCAAUUCAUCCGGUCGCAUGAUUGCCCUCGUGACAAGCAAUGCAAAGCAUGGUGGAGGAACAGUUAUACCACACAUGAAUUUCAGCAUACCAUCCGCAGCUCUGGAACCAGUUUUCAUAUUCGCUAAAGACAUGGAGAAUCCCUCACUCCUUGAGCAACUGGAUAGAGCGAACAAGGAUCUUACUUCAGUGUGGGCAAUGAUGCCAUCAAUUUCACCUGAUCCAGAUCCCUCUUUGCAAAAAGAUACGGGAAAACAAAGCAAGGGCUCCCGAUUUGCAAAAUUCAUGAAUCAGAAACAGGACCUGUUAGGGAACUCACCUCAUCUUAGCACUAUGCAAAAGCUUUCUCGAGAUACUAUUCCAAGCAAGUUAUGACAGGUACUAAGUGGUAUUUGGAUCCUACAGAAACGUCAAAGCUUUCAUGUGAGGAAAUUGCAGAAAAUUGACACAGCUGUCAUUGGUCGAUUGUCCUUGCAUGGGCGAACCAGAAUUGGGAAUGUGAGAUGAAUGUGAUAAUCUUCAAUCAUAUUAGUCACUUGCUUUCCUGACUCUGGUUCGCCCAUAAUGUAAGAACAAUUGCCAAUUGGAAACAUCUUGUUACUCUUUGUAGGUAAAGAAAAGUGAAAAUCGUGUGUUGUAUCAGCUGUAUUAAGCUAUAAUAAGCUUCUUUGACCUAGAGGAGGGAUGUUCUUUCUGGCCAAAAAGCAUUGUUAAACUCGUUGGUUGUAUAUUUGAAGUUUUUUCAAAGUGUGUGUUUGAGUUUUAUA